UUUUGCUAAAUAAUUUUUGCACAAAUUUUAAAAUCGUUUAUAAUUUUUAUGAGAUCAACACCAACCAAAACACUAACCCAACUUAUCUUUAAUCAACAUAUUAUAUACAUUCAUGGCUCUUAUGGUAAUUUAUUAUCAAAAGAAGUUUUUCAACGAUGUCAAAGGGGAACAAUAGCACAAAACGAGCAAAAAGAAAUAAAGAAAAGUAAUUGGAGAAAAAAAUAUGAAACUAUACAUCUCCUUAGUACAAUCAUCAAACGAAUAACAUUUCUUUUCUUCUCUUAUCAAGCAUUUAUCUAUUUCGCAUUUUACACGUUUCUUCUUAUGAAUCAAUUUCUACAACCUCAAUUAGAAACUAAUUCACAAAAAUUCGAGAACAAUCGUAAUUUACACGUAGAAUCAAAUUCUAAUCGUGUCAAUUCAACGACAUCAACAAUCCUCGAAUUUUCAUCGCUUAAAAAAUCUUCAAUUUUGUCCAUUCCAAUUUGUUAAAAAUUAAUUAUUUUUCACAGCUCGCCUCGUCUCUCGAUAAAUCGACAAACAUAAGUUUCUUUUUUUUUUUUUUCAUGGCCGACGCUGAAAGAUGAAAGGCUUUCCUUCGUCAUCUCGAGCACACCCUCCGCUAUAGUUUCACCCUCUUUUCGUACCGCCCCUUGUAUUCCCAGUGCGAGCGUUUCAUCAAGGGUUAUAUCGAAUGGCAGAGGGUGUAACCAUGGAUACGCGAGCAGCCAUGUUGGUCCAGCAGCGUGAGACACGUGAAAAUUCGAUAAUUCCACCCCGAAAUGGCGAAAUUCCUCCCUCUUCGGGAAGGAAAAAAUUUUUAAAUAAUUUUUGUUCCACAAAUUUUCCUUCAAACAUUUCUAUGAUAUUCGAUUUCGUAUAAUUUCGAAAGAAAAAAUUGAAAAACGAAGGAACGAAGAGACGAUAGUUUAUUCACGUUUCGUUAAUCAAACACAUACUAUUCAUAUUAUUAGAAAAUAAUCUUUUUUCACUCGAUAAUCGACACUUCAAUCACGCACCGUUUCGUCUGUUACAGAAACACGAGGACAAGCGUGGAUAAAAUGUUGCGCAACAUGCGUCUGAACUGAACCACGGAAUCGAAGGGAACUGGUAGCGGAGAGAAUCGUAGGCGAAAACGAAGGCUGGAAAAAAAAAAAAAAAGGUUAAAAAAGGUAAUAAAA